GAUGUCUACGAAACUAGCGAAAUUCAAAGCUGCUCAUCCUGGUCAAAAAGUGGAUCAUCCUCUCGCAAAGUAUAAUUCAAAGGGCGAUUUGUAUUGUUUGCUCUGUAAUACUUUGAUCAAAAAUUCAAAUGUAUGGAAAGUUCACCUAUCAUCGAAAACACAUAAAGAGAGUAUGAUACUGUUUAAAGCCGGUAAGAGCAGACCUACAGACUCAUUAAAAAGGUCAGCUCCAAAAAUAGAAGAAGCACCUCCACGUUCAUUAAAGAAACUUAAAUCUAACACCACAAAUUCAGAGGGUGCAGUAACUAAAUCUGAGGACGUUGCUACAUCCAAUAUUAAAAACAGUGAUUCAUCUUUUAGUAGUAUUAAAACAGGAAUAUUGAAACCAUCCUCAAAGGUUGUUCCUAAAUUGCCUGAGGGAUUUGUACCCAAGAGCAGACUGAAAGGUCCUGCUGGAACUGCAAAUAACGCUGUGCCUAGCGAAGAAAAUGCAGAACUAAUAAGGGCAACAGAACUGAAAUCUAAUCUUCCCUCUGGCUUCUUUGAUGACAAUAUUGUUGUCACAGCGCAAAGUGAUGGUGAAAAAUUGGAAUCUGAGCAAGAUUCAAAUGUAGAAGAAGAAAUUAAGUCAGACAAUCCAGCUUCUAUUCUGCCGGAUGGGUUUUUUGACGAUGCACGUGAAGAUGCUAAAGCUCGAAAAGUAGAGUAUAAAGACCCUCAGGAACUGGAAUGGGAAAAGUUUCAGAAUGAAAUGGAGCAUGAGGACAUCAGAUAUAAUACUAUAAUAGAAGUAGAUGAUCAGAAGCUAAGGGAAGAACGGGAUGUUGAUAUUGGAAUAGAGCAAAAGUUGUGGGAUUAUCGUGUUGAGUCAAUGGCUGAUUCAGUCAAGACUGGUGAAAUCUGUGUUGCAGAUAAGCAAGCUUUUGAAGUAAAAUUAGGGAAAAACGAGAAAAUAGAAUCAGAUGGGCUUAAAGGGGAAGCCAUGGACAUAAAGGAAGAAUCAGGUGUUGAUGUGAAGAUGGAAGAUGACAGUAUGAGUUCUGAUGAUGAUUUUGAUGAUGUCAUGGACUGGAGAAUUAAGAAAGGGGUGUAACCAAUGAAUGAUGAUUUAUACUUUUAUCCACUUUUUCAUAAAAUGUAUGAUAUUUAUUGAUAAAUUAAUGGUUAGAUUAAAUGCAA